AUGGCGGCGGCUGCCGCGGGCCCCGGUGCUCCGGGCCCGGAUCUUUGCCGCUCGGUGCAUUGGUUCCGCCGUGGCUUGCGCCUCCACGACAACCCGGCGCUGCAGGAAGCGCUGCGGGACGCCGCGUCCCUCCGUUGCAUCUACAUCCUGGAUCCCUGGUUCGCCGCUUCCUCUGCCGUGGGCAUCAACCGCUGGCGAUUCUUGCUCCAGUCUCUGGAAGAUCUGGACAACAGUUUAAGGAAACUCAACUCUCGCUUGUUUGUUGUGCGAGGGCAGCCAACAGAUGUCUUCCCAAGACUCUUUAAAGAAUGGGGAGUCACUCGUCUCACCUUUGAAUACGACUCGGAGCCCUUUGGUAAGGAGAGAGACGCAGCUAUCGUCAAACUGGCCAAGGAGGCUGGCGUGGAGGUGGUGAUAGAGAACUCCCACACCCUCUAUGACCUGGACAGAAUAAUUGAGCUGAACGGCCACAAGCCACCCCUCACCUACAAGCGCUUCCAGGCCAUCAUUAGCCGUAUGGAGCUCCCAAAGAAGCCAGUGAGCACUGUAAUAAGCCAACAGAUGGAGACGUGUAAAGUGGACAUCCAGGAGAACCAUGAUGACGUGUAUGGUGUCCCAUCCCUGGAAGAGCUGGGCUUCCCUACAGAUGGUCUUGCCCCUGCAGUGUGGCAAGGUGGAGAGACAGAAGCCUUGGCACGGCUGGAUAAACACUUGGAAAGAAAGGCAUGGGUUGCAAAUUAUGAAAGACCAAGGAUGAAUGCCAAUUCGUUGCUGGCCAGCCCUACAGGACUCAGUCCCUACCUGCGGUUCGGCUGCUUGUCCUGCCGCUUGUUUUACUACCGCCUCUGGGAGCUGUAUAAGAAGGUGAAGCGGAACAGCACCCCCCCCCUCUCUCUCUAUGGACAGCUUCUGUGGCGGGAGUUUUUCUACACAGCAGCCACAAACAACCCGAAGUUUGACCGUAUGGAGGGGAACCCCAUCUGCAUCCAAAUCCCCUGGGACAGGAACCCUGAAGCCUUGGCCAAGUGGGCAGAGGGCAAGACAGGAUUCCCUUGGAUAGAUGCAAUCAUGACCCAACUGAGACAGGAAGGGUGGAUCCACCAUCUGGCCAGGCAUGCGGUGGCCUGCUUCCUGACCAGGGGCGACCUCUGGAUCAGCUGGGAGUCAGGAGUCAGGGUAUUUGAUGAGCUGCUGCUGGAUGCAGAUUUCAGUGUCAAUGCAGGCAGCUGGAUGUGGCUCUCGUGCAGCGCCUUCUUCCAGCAGUUCUUCCACUGUUACUGCCCCGUGGGCUUCGGGCGCCGCACAGACCCCAGCGGUGACUAUGUUAAGAGGUAUCUGCCCAAACUGAAAGGUUUCCCCUCACGAUACAUCUACGAACCAUGGAACGCCCCAGAGUCUGUGCAGAAGGCAGCCAGGUGCAUCAUUGGGGUGGACUACCCCAAGCCCAUGGUGAACCACGCGGAGACCAGCCGCCUGAACAUCGAACGCAUGAAGCAGAUCUACCAGCAGCUGUCACGCUACCGGGGCCUCUGCUUACUGGCAUCAGUCCCUUCAUGUGUGGAAGAUCUCAGUGGCCCAGUUGCAGACUCAGCUUCAGGGCAGGGCUGUAGCACCAGUACAGUGCUGAGGCUGUCACAAGCAGAGCAGGCGUCUCCGAAGCGCAAGCACGAGGGAGCAGAGGAGCUGUGCACAGAGGAGCUGUACAAACGUGCCAAGGUGACAGAGCUCCCUGCUGCAGAGCUGCCUGCCAAGAGUCUAUGACUCCAGUGACAAGCACCUUGCAAGUGAAGAGUGAGAGUGCUGAGGAGGUGACCAAAGGAGGAGGGACUGCUGCCACAGAGGGACUGGAACUGUGAUCCGCAACAGAAAAUCUGGGGUCUCAUAAGUGUGUAAUUCCAGCAGCUGCCACAAGGCGGCACUGCAUCACUUGUGCUGGGGAAGUUUGGCUUUCUGGUCUCCAGAGAGCCAAAGAUGUUUCUUCUCAGCCAUGCCCCAAAUCUGCCCACAUUUAAGGGGGCAAGAGCCUUCUACAACUUGUUCACUCCCAGGUGUACCUUUCUUUUCUGACAGUGGCUCAGUGCACGUUGACUUGACGCAUUGAUGUAGGGAGCAGCAUCUGCACAUCUCGGAAAUAGCAAAGGUUCUUUCUCACUACUAGUGCUAGGCAGUGAGGUGUACUGAUUGAGAAGGAAGCUGCUUCAACGUCAAACAUAGAGUACCCAUCCUACAAGAGAACAGGAUAGUCUCAGUAUUUCUUUCCUUAGAUUAGACUGACAGGAAGUAAAUGCUUUCUGAGUAAGGAGGUCCUUAUGAGGGGUGGAAACAAAAUAAAGGAGAACUACAGCACAAGAACAAAGAGCUACAAACUGUCUGGACACUUGAAGGGCACUUUAAAGUUUCCCUGCAGAAGAAUCACUGCUGCAAGGUGAGCCAUAGUGCAGUCGCCUGGAAAGGGCAGCUUCAGGGCAGCUUGACAUUGGGAAGGAGGGACUCCAAGAGGAGUAAUUCUUCAGAGAAUAAGACCAUGCCUUUAUAUGAGUUAAGCAGCCUCCUAGAAGCUUGCUGGUCCACAUAGUAAGAGAACUACACCUGGGCCCUCCACUCUACAGCAUUUCCUUCCUCAAGUGAGAGCUCUCUCAAAUGGAGUGAGCGGUGUCUGGUGUGUAGCCUGUGGAGUGCCUCAUACUGACAGGGGUUGCAUUACUCAUCAGCUUCUUGAAGUGAGGCUUCCUCGGGCCCAUUCUGUUGUCUGUUCUGUUUGGAUGUUUGCUCUGUCCCAUACUGGCAUCUGUGUUUUGAGUUUCCACACAGCCUACCCCUAUACUGCACACCCUGCACACUGCUCCUUCCUGCCAUUUGCAUUCCCGCUGGUGCUUUGUAGUCCAGCAGGAUGAUUGUGUAGCUUUCCCUGGCUCUUAACCAUGCCCUUCUUGGCCUGUUCCUGUUACAUGUCAUUUCGAUUCAGUGCUGGCAGAGAGCCUCUGCUUGCCUUCCUACCUAAGAGGGCAAGGGGGGGUAGAAAAGCCUCUUUUUUGCCCAUUUUGAAGAGGGAUUAGAUUCAGAGUAGCUAAUCCUGUGCGAUGGGCUGCUGUUGGCACUGUUUUCGUUUGCUGUCCAAAACCUUUCAUUCCUGCCUGGCACAGACUGUGGCUGUGUGUGAGCUUAUGCAGCUAACAGCUUGGGGAGCACAAAGAGUUGUCUCCCUCUCUGACUGGUUUAAUCAGACUCAGUUUUGGAGCCUGUGUUUGAAUCCAGAGCAGUGGAGCUGCAAGUAGAAACUUGACUCAAACAUAUUUGGGAAGCCUGAAGUGGUUGAACUGAGUCUGUGAGUUAAUUUAUUGAAUAGCUGAAUAACCUUCCCUUCCCACUUGUCUCCCUGGGGCAUUGACCCUAGAUUCUUUUUCCCAAGGGAAUCCACUGGGCAGACUGACCAAGGGAACAAGAGUCACUUUUCUUGCCCUUACUUCUAAACUGGUGUUUGUAGAGCCUGCCUGGUGGCUAACCCAGUACUCCACAGGUUUUGUCGCCUUCAGUCCCACUGUCUUGAGGGUGGAAAGUAUCAGUAAGAGACACACCCCUCCCACAUCUUCUGCUGCAGAGAGAAGAAAGGGGAAAGACAUGCACUUUGUACACUUAGGUUACAGAAAUUGUGACUUAUGUCGUUUGGAAAGUUUCAUGCUAGACAAUGGUCUGUAAAUACUACUUUUUUUUUUUUUCUUUUUUUCUUUUAUAAAUG